AUUGCAGGCAUCAACAUUUAUGAGCCGGCGCCCCCUACUGGGCCCACCCAGCGGCCUCUGGAGAGCCUGGGCAACUUCCGCGGGUGGUACAUCGGGACCGAGAGCCUCCCGCAGAACCUCAGCUGGACAGUGAAGCAGCAGUGCAUCAACCUCCUGGCCGAGGGCCUGUGGGAAGAGCUGCUGGACGACGAGCAGCCGGACAUCACGGUCAUGGACUGGUAUGAGAACAGCCACCUGGACACCUGCGUCUACGAGCUGCACGUCUGGCUGCUGGCAGCUGACCGCCGCUCCAUCAUCGCCCAGCACCACGUGGCCCCCCGGACCUCCGGGCGAGACCCCCGGGGCUGCUGGCUCCAGGUGUCCCAUGUAUUCCGCCACUACGGCUCCGGCGUGCGCUUCGUGCACUUCCUGCACAAGACCAAGAACCGGAUGGAGCCCGCCGGGCUGCUGCGGACGAGGGUGACAGACUCCUCGGUGUCUGUGCAGCUCAGGGAGUGACAGGCUGGCCGCUCGCCCCCUAGCCGCCCCAACAGCUCCCUGAGUCCUUGGCACCCGCACCUCACCGCCCCUCAGCUGCUCCCAGGCCCCUCACCACCUGCUGGCCCCGGGUGACUUCCUUGACUUCAUCGCCCGCCCCUGAGUGGCUCUGCCAUCCCUGCUCGCCCCAGCUCUGGGAGGGCAGCAGCCUCUUCUUCCCGAGGCAGUGCUAAGUAGGUGCUCAAGAAGUCUUUGAGGCCUUUAAAUAAAUACAC